UUGGAGUUUCUUUUACCUUUCUCUCUCUGAAAAUUGCAGCCACCAACUUUACCUUUGAUGAUCCAUCCAUGCAUUUGCCUUUCUUCUUGGCCUCCUCCUUUUUUGCUCUUUAUUCCUUUGCCUACUUGCUGCUGCUGCUGCUUUACAUUGCUCUCCAUUUCUCCUAAGCUCCAAGCUCUUCUCUCCUCCUUCCAUUUCGCCAUUGCACCACACCAUUUGCAUUGCACCAAGAGGAGAUCGAGGUGUAGAGUAGAGCUUGCUCGCCGGCGGCGGCGGCGGCGGCGGCGGCCAUGAGGGAGUUCUCGUUCGAGGAGGUGGAGGCGGCGACGGGGGGAUUCGCAGCCAAGAACCUCGUCGGGAAGGGCAGCCAUGGCAACGUCUACGUGGCCAGGCUUGUGUGCGGCGGCGAUGGCGGUGGCGGGAGGGUGAGGAAGAAGAAGGUGGUGGUCGUCGCCGUCAAGAGGGCGUCGCACGCGCUGGGGGAGGCGAAGCUCGCGAACGAGAUCGCCGUGCUCGCGGCGGCGGGGGAGGUGGCGGGGGUGGUCAACCUCGUCGGCGUGGCGGCGGGGAGGAGGGAGGGGGAGAGGAUGCUCGUGAUGGAGUACAUGGCCGACGGGUCGCUGCACGACCUGCUGCACCGGCCGACGACGGCGAGGCAGCCGCCGCCGCCGUGGCCGCGGCGCGUGGAGAUCGCGCUCGACGUGGCGGAGGCCGUGCGGGCGCUGCACGGCGGCGAGCCACGCGUGAUCCACCGCGACGUCAAGUCGGCGAACAUCCUGCUGGGGCGCGACGGCCGCGCCCGCCUCGCCGACUUCAGCCUCGCGGUCAAGGUCCCCGCCGCCCCCGGAGGAGGCGGCGCCACCGCGGCGGCGGCGGGGCCUGCGCCGGCGGGCACGAUCGGGUACCUGGACCCGUGCUACACGGAGCCCAGCCGCCUCGGCCCGGAGAGCGACGUGUUCAGCUUCGGCGUCGUCCUCCUCGAGCUCGUCAGCGGCCGCAAGGUGAUGGACGUGAGCGCCUCGCCGUCGUCCAUCGUCGCCUGGGCCGUGCCGCUGGUCGCCGCCGGCAUGGCGCGCGAGGUGUUCGACGGGAGGCUUCCCGCGCCGCGCCGCGCCAGGGAGGAGCGCGCGGUGGCGCGCGUGCUCGCCGUGGCCGCGCGCUGCGUGUCGGAGGCCGUGGAACGCCGGCCGGCGAUGUCCGACGUGGUCGCCGAGCUCCACGCCGCCCUCGAGAGCGCCGGCUGGCCGCGCCGCCCCCGCCGCCGCGGCGACGCGCACGGCCUCGCCGGGACGCUGUACAGGCGCGUCGUGUCGUGGGCCGCGUCGCGCCUGCACGUGAGGAGGAGGAGGGUGCGGACGAGCAAGAUCGAGUGCACGGAGCACUCCGGGUCAGAGGGGAGCGGUGCACAAGCACAACCCAACUACCCGGGUUCAAAUCCUCGUCUAUCAAAUUCAAAUAAAAACAUUUUUGACAUAAACUGAUAUUUUUCAAAUCAUGAUUUGUUUCUUGUUACUGAUUUUAGAGGCAUGCCAAUUGUAGAGAAUGAUCAUAUAACUCUUGAGGAAACGAUCAGGAUUUCUCGAUCUGGACCGUUCAAAAAGUGACAUUCCUCCGAAAAAGAUUGAUUCGGUCUCAUUGCCUCAGGAUUUUGACUUCUAACUCAUGGUGAUCCAUUCCAUUGUCUUUGUAGUAAGUAUCUAUCUUCCACGUAAGUCUGAAAAAUCCUAAUGAAAUUUAACAAAGUAGGGCUAUAUGAUAUGGUAUCUUGUAGACUAGUAGAAGCCAACUAGGGCAGGUUAGAUAGGAAGCCGAGUUGAGAGAUUGUGGCACGGGUAGCUCAUGGAAUUCAGGUAAAAUUAACGAAGGCUGGCACAUGCAGCAUGGGAGCUACAGUUGAACAGUAGUAGAUGGGAUUCUUUGCUUUAGCCAUGAGAUGACCAUUAUGCUGGAACCCUGGAGCUGAAUUCAUCAUGCACACUGUGUAAAAGCUGCACAGGUUGAUGCAGUUCUUGAUCUGAAUCUCUGUCCAUCUUCUGAUAUAGAGUGGCACAAAGAGAGAGGGAAAGAAAAAGAUGGAGAUGUCUGAACUUAAUCUAGCUAGGUGGAUGUGCUGGCAGUGUCAAAGCUGUAAAAGUUUGAUCAAUUGUGUAAUUUUUUUUUCUCUGAAAGGGUCAUCAUGAAAUGAUAUGCUAA